AUGGCGGCCUCGGCUCUUCCUCCUGCCGCCGCCCUGAAUCCCCGCUUCCUCCCUCUGCAAUCCCGUAGGCUCUCAAUUGCCGUCGGUUAUGGCGGGAGACCGCACUCGCCCUCAUUACCUUCAUCCUGCGGGGUCUGUACUUGUUCCGGCCGGAAUGGGGAGGAAGGAGGGGAGGGGUCCCGUUCACGGAGUAUGGAGAUAGACAUUAGGACGAGGAGGGGUGUGAUCGGAGCUGGAUUGAGCCUCCUUCUGACCUCUCCAUUGGCGGCACCCGAGGCGGGAGCCACGAGGAUCCAGUACUACGCCACGGUGGGGGAGCGGCUCUGCGACCUCAACUUCGUCAAGUCUGGACUCGGCUACUGCGACGUGGAGGUGGGAUCCGGGGUGAAGCCUCCUCCGGGAGAGCUCAUCAAUGUAAGUUCGGGGGAGAUGCUGUCCUACGAUUGUUAUCUAUCUCCCUAAGACUGACCUACGACCUACGACUAGUUAUCUAUCUAACUUAAUUUUCGGACUGUCUGAUUGAGCUUUGAAUACUAAUUCUUGCGCAAAUCAUUAAGAGAUCGAUUCCUAUUGCGUACUUGCAUCUUAAUCUGGUUUAUUUUAGGAUCGGAACUGCUGACUUUGAUGUUAGAAACCGAAAUUAGAGGAAAAAUAAAUUCUGACAGUAAUCAGUAUGUCAAAAAAAUCGUCUUACAACGAAAAUAAUUUGAUGUUUCUAUGUAUUAUCCAUUAAAUUUACCAUGCUGUGCUGAUGUUUUUCAUGUAGUCAUGCAUGUGCAUUUUCUUUUCCAGAUUUAUACUUGAAAGGAGAGAAUUCAUAACCAUAAGGUACAGAUUGAUAUAAUCCAGAAACCAUCCCAUAUGUGGAUAAUGGCUAGGAAGAUGAUAUGAAAAGGGUAGGAAGUUCGAGUGGGGCAAAAGUUUCAUCAUUUAAUAACACUUCCUUGGUGGGCGUAGUAUUUCUUUAUCAUGAUCAGUGUAUAGGAGAACCAUGAAGAGAGAAAGAAUGAGGGAGAGUUGAAAAUCCAAGUGAGCCAUUUCUGAGAAGCUUUGUUGAGUUUCGGUCAUAUUUUUUGACUGUCAAUCCGAUUCCUUGUUUCCAGAUCCAUUAUACUGCAAGAUUCGAGGAUGGCACGGUUUUUGAUAGCAGCUACAAGCGAGCAAGGCCAUUGACCCUCCGUAUCGGUGUUGGAAAGGUAUGAUCAUGACAAAAACAUGAAGUAAUCUCACCUCCCCAUGUCAUUUUUCUAAUGUACUUAUAUCUAUUAUUAGCGAAUGUAUGACCCCUGCUAACUUCAAAUUAUUUGAAAAGUCAUAAAUUGUUUUUCUUAUUUGGCAGUCCAGUUUACAGUGGCCAUCAUCUGCAGAGCUAAGUCUUCAUGAUUUUAGAUAAACUGACUGUGGAAAGCCAUGAGAGAGAGAGAGAGAACACCACCAUCAUUUACGUGGGAAAAGCCCAACCCUUCCACCUUACAAUGUAGAGGUUUAUUCCAUCUGUGAACCACAAGGAGAACACUUCUCCAAUAAAAAUCCUGCUCUUCUGCUAUCUUAGAUCCCCUCUAUCGGUUUAUUCUCAAUCCAUAUUAAAGAUUCCAUAUCAUUUAAUUAUUUGGCAGGUCCUACCAGGACUAGACCAGGGGAUUCUUGGAGGCGGCGGUGUGCCGCCCAUGCUUGUUGGUAAGGAUUGAACUACGUUACCUAAUCAAAUCAUGGGAUAUUAAUGCGCAUAUUUAUGAGCUAUGUCAUGUUCUAUGAAACAGGUGGAAAAAGAAAGCUUCGCAUUCCCCCAGCACUAGCCUAUGGCCCGGAACCUGCAGGGUGCUUUUCAGGUGAUUUUUUAUUUAUUUAUCAAAAGUUUUCCUCUUGUUAGUUACGCUUGUGUGAUCUGAAACUCUGGUAAAACCUGCCCUUAGUUGACUUUUUUUGCCUUUCUCUAAGCUAUCAUGCAAAGAAAUUCUUCCCCGCAUACUACUCACUGGGUGAUUGACCAGCCUUAAUCUUUUAGUCUGGUGCAUGAACAGAACGAUGGCAGGAUAUCAACCAUUUUUCAGACAUUUUUCAGGAGAAUCGAUGAGAUUAGUUCACUUUUCCUCCACCAACUGGCACAAAAAUGUUGUUCUUCUUCUUUCAAGAUAAGUUUGGAAUUUAAAUUAUGUGAUAAAACAUGUAAAAUAAUAUCAUCAACAAGGUGAGAUGGAGAGAGAAAUUAAACCACAAAAUCAAACAAAUGGGUCUUGAGGAGGACAGACAAGAAGAUUCUCUCUCUAGCAGCAGCAUCAGAGACAUGAUUCUGAAAAUUUCUUCCUGUGACAGCAGAAUCUUCAUCUCCCCAUUUGACCCACCUCACCCGUUUGACUCGUGACCAGGCGACUGCAACAUCCCCGGCAAUGCGACUCUCCUCUACGACAUCCUCUUCGUCGGAGUCUACAAAUGA